AUGGGCAACGCAGCUUACACAUUUCUCAUCGCUCAUGCAGAUCAAUCAUAUUGGAAUGUUUAUUAUGAAUGUCCAGUGUACAAGGUUUUCGUUCCUGUUGAAGUGAUCGAUCACUAUCUUCCGAAAAAACUAGAUGGAUUUUCAGCUAAUACAUAUGAGAACCACAUCAAUCGUCUUUAUUUCUAUGCGGAAGAAAAUUCUAUGGUGACACGAACGCUAUUCGAUGAUUAUAUUGAUGGAAUACCUUUCACAGUAUCAUUGAGGCACUUUCUACAGAAGUUAUCGAAAGAGAAAGAUCCAAUGGUACGUUACAAUUUUGUUAUCACAGACAAUCAUCUCAUAUUCAUUCGUGUUCCUCAUUUUACCGAUCGAAAUUUUCGUCUACGAUGUAAACACAUUACUAUCUCGAGUCGAGCACCAUCUGUUCGGUAUGCGGGUGAGAUUUGGCAUGAUGAACAGGGAAAUUUUGUAAUCAAUAAUAGUUCAGGCACUUACCGACCAGCUGAUCAAUUAAUUUCAUGGGUGAUGCAACUCUUCAAUUGUUUAUCACCAAACAUUUGUUUUCAAGGACUAACUUUUCGAGACAGUUUCUAG